AUGACCCAGCAGCCUGCCGCCCAGAACCAGGCGCAUGCUCAGGCGUCAAAUGGCGCCGAGCAGGACGUCUGGGAUGAGCAGCGGCUCCAGGAAGCCAUGAAACAGCUCAAGCUUCUGCAUAUCAAGGUCCGGCGUCUAAAUGACACCAUCCCCAAGAUGAUCAAGCCGCUUGUGCAGAAACAGCCCUCACCCGAUGCCAUGUUUGCUGCUUUCAUGAACUCAGUCACUGAAGCACAGGCCAACAUCAAAGAAGUCACCGAUUUGAUGCGUGAUGAGAAAAGUCGUGAAGUGUUUGCUCAAGCCAGAAAGCGAAAAGCUGAAGAGCCUGAAGGUAUCGAGAGCUGGGAGUACUAUGACCAUCCAGAUUGGUUCAGGAUGGAUCAAGAGUGA